UUCUCGGCCUUUUGGCUAAGAUCAAAGUGUAGCGGGCCGAGAGUUUUUGAGUCUUAAGCACGUUCCUGGGACCCCGUUCGUUGCGUGGUCCCCGGGUUUUUCUUUUUCGCCAGUCAUGGCGACGCCCUCCGUGCCUACGAAGGCACAGUGUUUUUUCUUCAGUGUCCCCAACGACACUUCGGUCGACGCGGUAAUGGACGCGUUCCAAGUAGCCACCGGCCCCGGUGGCUUGAAGUACCUCCAGCACCACGGUGGGGUGAGGUUUAUGGCGGCCGUUAGCAGCAUGGCUGUUGCCGACCGUCUUGUAGCUCAAGGUCACUUGAUGCUUGGUGACGUGGCGGUUCCUCUGGAGCCCGUUGGCGCCCGACUCCUCCACGUGUCUGUCUACCGUUUGCCCCCUUACGUGACUGAGGAAGCCGUCGUCCAAGCCCUCAGCAUGUAUGGAAAAGUGAAGGGAAUUUCCUACGUGACAUUCCGGGACCGCCCAGACAUCAUGACUGGCACCAGGGUGGUGAAGGUGGAGAUGACCAAGCCCAUCCCCAACUUUAUCAGCAUCCAGGGCCACCGCGUCAUGGUAGACUACAGGGGAAUGCGGCGGGUAUGCAGUAAGUGUGGGCAGGAGGGCCACAUUGGACCUGCCUGCAAAACCCCACGGUGUGAUCGGUGUGCGGUCUUUGGCCACUCAACGGCAGGCUGCACGGAACCAUGUCAGCGGUGUGGACAUGCCCACGCAACGGUCGACUGCACACAACGCAAGACCUACGCUGCCGUCACCCAGUCGACAGCCGCCCGUCCAUCUUGCGUGCAGCCCCAGGAGACUGCAACCGCCCCCGUAGUCCCCCCGGCGUCGGAGCAACGAAAGGACGACCCAAGUCCGCCCGUCUACCCUCAAGACGUGCCCCCGCUCCAAGGCAACCCGGUCGCUGUUGACAACUCCCAGUUGAGUGACGCGGGUAGCCUGAGUUCCGAUGCUGACCGCCUCGUCGUGGUCGAGGAUGACGAAGUGACGCCCGGCCAAGGGCAUCCCCCGUCUUCCCCCACCUCUCCUCGUGUUUCGGCGACUCCCAACACGCUGGAGCAGCUGAGCGCGAAAGCUGCGUCUGCAGGUACACCUGCCGGUACGCCUGCUGGAGCGUCGUCCGCCGUCGACACGACGAUGGAAUGCGACCGACAGGAGGUCAAGCGUGGAUUCUCGAGUUCCAGCAGCGGCUCAGACGCGCCAAGCUCCGCUGUAGCCAAGAAGAAGCGUCUGGUGUGCAAAGACAGCAGCCCGGGAGACUCCGACCUGGAGGGCUACAGUGACCUCGAAUUCUAGGUUCCCUAUGCAUCAAUUUUUCUUCACACUGCUGCAGAUCCUCACCCUGAAUGUUCAAGGUUUUCGCAACCCAGACAAGCAGCGUGAGGUUGUGCAUUUUGCGCGCUCAGUUAACGCGGACAUUGUUUUUCUUCAAGAAACCAAUUUUUUUUCAAUGCGUGACGUUGCAGCGUUUCGUGAUCUUUUCAAUCUCGACUGUUUUUUUUUUCCUUUGGCGAUG